AUUUCCCUUCCAUAAUCACAUUCUCUCCUCUAGAAAAUUCUCAGUAACAAUCCCUUAAUUACACACAGACAGUCUCUGCAAUGGCGGAGUCGAAGAUGCUGCCAAGAAUCACACGUGUUGAGAUCACAGAAGAAGAAUGGAGGGCGAAGAGAGCGGCGGAGGCGGAGCCGGAACCGGAGAAGGAGCCCAUUCCACUAAUCUUGAUGAGCUCCGACGGCCAGGAGUUCUCGAUCAUGUCCGACGCCGCGAGAUUUUCGGAGACGAUUAACAACAUGGUGGAGGACGGGUGCGUGACGAGCGCCAUCCCGCUCCCCGUCGUCGACGGAAAAACCCUAGCCAAGGUCGUUGCCUAUCUGAACAAGCUACUCCCCGUCGCGAAUAACACAGCCGAGAAGAGGAAGAUGAACGAGGAAUUCCUGUCCGGCGAGGAGAUGAGCGCGCUCUUCGAGAUCAUUCUGGCCGCCAAUUACCUCAACAUCAAGGACCUGCUGUCCGCGGUGGCGCAGAAGAUCGCGGACAUGAUGAAGAACAAAAGCGUGAAAUGGGUGAGAAAGACAUAUGGGAUCGAGAACGAUUUUACGGAAGAGGAGGAGAAGGCGAUUCAGGAUGAGUACCCCUGGGCUUACGAAGAUGUCGAUCCCGACAGUGAGUAAUUUAAUGAUUCAUAUAUAACUUGGAGAAUUUGAUAUCAUGAGGAAGGAAUAAGGAGAAAUCGUUCUUGAUUUAGGUUGGAUUUCUUGUAUUUAAUUAUUGUUAUUGCAUCUUUUGAGCACGCAUUUCCAACAUUUGGAUCGAUCUGAUGAACAUUAUAGAAUGAAUAUAUAUUGUCCGUGGCAUGUUGUGAACAAA